AUGUUCAGUAUGCAAGCUUUUCAGUCCUCACCCUUCUCAGGAGACAUUAAACUCUUGUUCCUGGCCUUAGCUGUCCUUGUUGUCCUGGCUGAGACUUCCUCAGAUGGAUGGGCCAGAAAGUGCUCAUAUGGAAUGGGCAGAUGCAGGAAAACAUGCAAAGAACUUGAGAGGAAGAAAGAAAAAUGUGGGGGAAGGUAUUUUUGCUGCAUCCCUGGAAACUUUAGACUAUCAGACUUUUGCAAGGAUAAAGAUGCAGUGGGUGAAGUUCAAGUUGCAGUUGAACCCUUCACCCAGGGGGCCUGCUGA